GCACGGGCUACCUGUCUCUCCGGCAAGCAACCCGUCAUGCACCGGCAAAAAUUCAUCUCCAUUCCCCUCGAUUCGUUGUUUCCAAGAUGGUUGUGGAUGGUCCAUCUUGACAGCGAUGGAACAGGAUUUGCAAACUAGUAGCACCUCAUCUCAGCCACAAACCUUGUUCCCUAUAGCCAGCUAUAUCAAUGUCGAGGGGGUACCAGGCAGAGGCAAUGGCUUUCUGUUCCCUUGCGCUCAAUCGUCAUUACACAUCGAGAAGGAAAACGGAAUAAGCAAUGACGAUUGGUUGUCAAAUCCAAGUUUCACUUCGCCCAUUGAGCAUCAAGGUGUCAUCAGCAGUGACCAUCAGCAGGAUAUCUCAGAUUCAGGCUCUAGUGAAGGUGAUGGUCGACAUGGAAAUAAUGACGAAGACGUUUACGAUAAAGAUGACCAAAAGCACAAAAAGCCAAAAAAGAGGCAUAAGAGUCCAGAGAGGGUUGUGAGAUUAAGCCACAAAAAGAAGAAGAAAAAGCAUAAAUCAAAGCAUUCAAGAAAAGAUAAAUUAGCACCUAGUGUUAAAUAUAAGAAUGAAGAACACCAGAAGCCUAAUACUAUAUGGAUUGAAGAAUGUGGCUUGGAAUUAAAAGAUGCAUACAGGGUCUAUAGCAAACCGGAUGUGAAUAAUCUUGCAUAUGGGUCGUUGUACAGGUUGGAUGUUGCUUUGUAUAAAUUGAAGCCAAGGAUUGUUUGCAUUGGGCUUGGCAAGCACCAGAGUGUGCAUCUUACUGAAAAAAGUAAAAAAGACAAAAAGAAAAGAAGAGCAGAAAAUGUGAGGUACUGGGGUGUUCAGAUACCCCCACUAAGUGAGGUACAGUCAGUUGCUCCCCAAAAAAGAGCAACAACUGAGUUCUUCAGUGGUAAUAUCCAGAAUUAUGUUUAUGUACCACUUGAUCUUCCUAGUGGAGGAAAUGAAGCGAAUAACAGACAAGUAAAUGCAGAAAAUUUAAAUGAUGAAGGUGGCACUAUGGAAGAAUAUACUUCCCAUUACACAUCAGAACUUAACAAGAAGUUACGUGAAAACCCUCAUGACAUUGCAGCCUGGUUAGAACUUGUCGACCACCAGCAGGAAGUUGUAAGCAAAGGACAGUUAAGAGCUGGAUUUACUGAAGCUUUAAAUGAGAAAAAAAAGAGGAACCAGGCUGUGAUAACAGAAAAGCAAAUCUCUGUCUUAGAAAAAGCUCUAGAGCAAAAUCCCUCCUCAGAAAUACUCAUCCACAAGCACCUAGAAUUGUGCUCUGAGAUCUGGAGUGUAGAGGAUCUACGACAAAGAUGGAAUAAAGUUGUUUUCACACACCCUAACAAGGUGAAUCUUUGGCAUGAAUACUUGAGGUUUACCCAGUCCAGAUUUUCAUCAUUCUCAUUCAGCAAGGCCCAAGGUGCCUACGCCAAGUGCCUCAGUACGCUCCUGGCCCUAAAAGAAGGGACCUUUCAGUCUCACCAAGCACAAGGUGACAUUGAGUCGGACAUGUUGGAUGUGUUUCACCAGUUUUGCUUGUUUUUAAAGCAGUCAGGUCACAUGGAGAAGGCUGUUGCAAGUUUACAGGCAAUGAUUGAACUGAACUGCUUCUGCCCUGGAAAUAUUGUUUCCAACACACCAACGAGUGGUCAUCUUGCAUUCCUGGAAACAUUCUGGGACAGUGGUAAACCAAGGUUUGGUGAAGAUGGUGCACAAGGCUGGAAGGUAUGGAUGGAGAAGAGUCCACACAGAGCAGAUGACUGUUUUGAUUUGAAGAAGAUUUUCAAGUAUUCUGACAGAAAUAAGAGGAAUGACGCAGGUGAGGGUGAAGUCAGUGAUGGGGAAGAGAGACUGAUCCAGGGACUUUACAAGGCGGAGGCAUGGAGGAGCAUAGAGAUAUCCAGAGAUCACACUCAGGUCAAACCAUGGCGACCAAACACUCUGGCAGGGGAAACAGAGGAAGACUGUGAAGACCCAGAAAGACUUGUGCUGUUUGAAGAUGUGAGCGCAUGUCUGUUCAAGCUUCAAAACCCACAGAACAAUCUUAGACUAGUGAUUCUGCUACUAGAGCUUCUUGGAGUGCCAGUAAAUCACAGAGAAGCCACUAACGACUUCAGUUUUCAGAGACACUUCACAACAACGUUAGAAUCUAAGGAAGAAGUUCUCAAAACAGAUAGAACAAGUCCAGGUAGUUCCUGGAAAAGGUACAAUUCCUGGUACAGUCACCCUGCCAUAUCAUUUCCGACACCAGAGGUGCUGGAUUUUGUACGUAGUAUUUUUGCUCAGGCAAUGUUGGUGUUUGAUGGUCAAGACCUCGAUGAGCUGAUGGUGACCUGGCUGGAGUAUGAGUGUAGCUUGGUACUUGCUGAAGCGUCAGAGAACACCAGAAAGCAGAAGUGCAAGGAAGUCCAAAAGUUGGCAAAAGCAUUGCUGAAACAGCCAAACAACAGGAACAAUCUCAACCUAUGGCGUGAGUUUGCCUGUUCGCUAUGGAUGUUGGGAGAAUUGUCUGAAGCCCGCCGCAUAUUUGAUUCCACAUUAGCCAUGGCUUUUCAAUCAUGCCAGGACAUCAGCAUCAAUUCAGAGCUCAUCUCGCUUUACAGGCGAUAUGCUGAGCUAGAACUAUCAAGUUCAACACUUGAAGACCGGAAGCACCGCAUUACGGAGCUUCUAGUGCAUCUAACUGAGCAUGGACCGAACAAACCAGGAGGUGCAAAACAGGGUGACCUCUCAGCUGCACGGAUACUCAGAGCAAGAAAAACCUGGAGUCAACUUACAGAGGAAGCCCUUAAUUCUAUGCACGAUGGGAAUAGCACAAAUACUGGUCCCUCUUCAUACAGUUUAGAUGUCUUAAUCUGCAGCGCUUACUUUGCAUACGUCACACAAGGACUCCAAGCUGCUUCCACGACUUUUGAGAGGGCUUUAGUCCCUCCAGUGUUCGAUGGAUUCUGUCGUGAAGCGCUGUGGUUGGCCUACCUUGGACUUUACCGUACCCACAUGGCUCAACACACUGUACCCUUAAAGGAACUCAGGAGCAUCCUCCACAGUGCCUUGAGGGAGUUCCCAGACAACCCAGAAUUCCUUGCGUUUUAUCUCAAAGUGGAAUCAAAGUCUAACCUCACCGGGGAGGUUAGGAGGUUUUUUGACCAUGGAACUCACUCAGCAGUGUCACCUGUGCAGUGGAUCUAUGCUCUUCAUUACGAAGAGGUGCGGUCUAUGGCAGUGUCUAUUGCCUUGGACUGCACACAGGCAGCACUAGUACAAGGGAGUCGGAACUCAGCUGUGACAUCACUACCAAUGACAGGUGUCACUCAUCGCCAGAGAGCAUUGUUUGAACGAGUGGCAUCGUCUUCUGUAGGGAGACAGUGCGUGCUAUUAUGGAGAAUGUUUGUCGAUUUUGAGAUGAAGCAAGGCAGUACAGACAAGGCCAAGACAGUUUUCUACCAAGCUGUCCAUCACUGCCCAUGGGCGAAGUCUCUAUACCUUGAUGCUGUUAAAUACUUCGCAGAAGAUGUAACUGACACUCUUGAUAUGAUGCAUGAGAAGGGACUUCGUGUCCGAGCUCCCCUUGAAGAGAUCGAAAUUCUACUACAAGCAUGACUGGGAACUUAUUGUUUUUGGCUCACCUUCGUCUACCCUGGGUUCAUUGGGUCCUUGCACAUGGAGAAAAUUGCCACAAAUGAAUGCCAGGAAGAGCAGCCUCUGGCACCCAGGCUACCCUAAAAGUGAUUCUACCAGGUUGUGUAAUAAAGCAAAUGACUUCAA